GGCUCAACCGAUGUGCUGGUCUUGACAGUGAGUGAUGACUGUGGCAGGGGCAGCUGAGGCUUAGCUGUGUGGCUCACAGCAAAAGGUGCAAAUUGGAUGUCUCUGAUUUGGUAGCAGGUGCAGGCUCUUUAUUGAAGGGAGAGUUGCCUUAAAGGGAAGAGUGAUAUUUUGUGUGAAUUUUAUUCUGCUUCUGCUGACUGCUCCACCAUACCUUAUCAUUAUGACCUGGAGGCAUCGGGGACACUGGCACCUUUGACUUUUUUCUCUUUCUGAAAUCCCUUCAAGAUAUAUGCUUAGUUUUGAAUGAAGUUUUGUUUGUUUUUGACUAUUAUCUAGUGUAGUGUUGUGGACUUUACAUUAUCAUAGGGGCACCUUUGGACCCCAACUUGCAACCAACGUUUACUGACUUGGCUAUAGGAGUGAGAGGACAAUGCCUGGAUUAUCCUAUAAUAAGUGACUCUGUAACUUGCCAGUGGGAAGCUGCAAGUGAAAAAGGGACUGGAGGCUGUCGGUUGGCUGCUGGCUGCAUUCCACCAGUUUGGCUGAAGACUGUAAGCGUCCUGACAACCUUCACUAGCUGGUAGGAUACACGACACCGAGAGAAACAGCAGGAUCGCACUUCACAUUCUGGGUCAGGAGGGAUUAGUAGAAGAAUGCUGGUCCCGGGUGCCAAACAGGAAGAUGGUGAUGUGUUGGCCGAGUGCUGCAGCUGUUAAAUGGUUGCUGUUGAUGCUCCUAUGGCAGUGGACAGUGCUGGGUCACCUCGGCUGGGUUCUGGCCCUGGCUGAGGGACAGCAGAGUAAGAACCCCUCACUCACUGCUGCCAGCACUGGACGCCAGAGUGGCAGCCACCUGGAUUGGCUACUGUCCGAGAAGGGGCCUUUCCACCGUUGUCCUGAAUACACAGAGUUCAAAGAACGCUUCCAGCAGGGUUUCUCCACACGCUAUAAGAUCUACAGGGAAUUCAGCCAUUGGAAAGUGAACAGCUUGGCUACAGAGAAGAGGGACUUUUUUAAGGCACCCUUGCCGCUGGCGCCGGAGUUUCUACGCAACCUGAGGUUGCUGGGUCGAAGACCAAGUCUGCAGCAGAUCCACGAGAACUUGAUCAAGAAAUAUGGAACUCACUUUUUGGUGUCUGCUACGCUAGGAGGAGAAGAAUCGUUGACAAUCUUCCUGGAUAAGCAGAAGCUCAGUAAGAAAUCGGUGGGACAAGGAAACAGCUCUGUAGUCUCCCUGGAAGUAUUGCAUCAGUUGGCUGCCUCUUAUUUCACAGACCGUGAGAGCACCUUGAGACGACUUCACCACCUACAGAUAGCCACCUCCGCCAUAAAGGUAACAGAAACUAGGACCGGGCCCCUUGGAUGCAGUAACUAUGACAGCCUUGAUUCUGUUAGCUCUGUCUUGGUACACAGUCCUGAAAAUAAAAUACAGCUAAAAGGUUUACAGGAUGUCCUUCCAGAAUUCCUCCGGAACCGUUUCGUGGAGGCUGCUCUCAGCUUCGUGGCAUGCAACUCUGAGGGGGAGCUUUUGUGUCGUAACAAUGACUGCUGGUGCCGCUGCUCUGCCAAGUUCCCAGAUUGUAACUGCCCCUUUGCUGAUAUUAAAGUCAUGGAGGAAAAUCUGCACAAAAGCAAGGAAUCCUGGACCAACUUCAACACCGAAUUCAUGGAAUCAGACGAAUUCAAGGCCUUCAUGAAAAAACUACCAACAGACCGUUUUUUAAACACAUCCUUGGUGUUCAAGUUUUGGGCAGCAGAUGCAGCUCUCCAGAGGCGCUACAUCCAAUUGGAGAGCAGCACCAAUUUGAUUCUUGGGAAAGCCCAGAAGAUUGUGAGGAAACUCUUCUCUCUGAGCAAGCGAUGUCCCAAAUUGCCAAGGAUCAGCCUCCCAAGAGAAAGGACACCAGGAUUUUGGCUGAACAGGGCCCAGUCACUCCUGUACUGCAAUGAGCAUGGAGUCCUGGGCACGUUUUCAGAGGAGGUGCAGAGCUGCACCUGCACUGCAGAGCACAGUAGUGCCUGCCAGGGGACAGUGCCCUGUGAGGUCGGAGAAGGGUCAUCCUGCCUCUCAUGUGCCCCAGACAACAUCACACGCUGUGGCUCCUGCCACCUUGGCAACAUCCUGCACCUGGGCUCGUGUCGGCCCAACAUAGCAAACUCUCUGGACCACUACCUGAACAUUGACUUUGACAUGCCGGAUGCAGAGUUCAAGUACCUGCUCCAGCGGCUGGACAGUCGCAUGGAGGUCCAUGCCAUCUACAUCAGCAAUGACGUGCGUCUGGGCAGCUGGUUCAACCCAGCCUGGAGGAAACGCAUGCUCCUCACUCUAAAGAGCAACAAAAACAAAUCCAACCUCAUUCAUAUGCUAAUGGGGAUCUCAUUCCAGAUCUGCUCUACUAAAAACAGUACCCUGGAGCCUGUGCCUGCCAUCUAUGUCAACCCAUUUGGGGGUAGCCACUCAGAGAGUUGGUUCAUGCCUGUCAACCAGCAGGACUUCCCAGACUGGGAAAGAACUAAGGUGGAUGCCUCUCUGCAGUGCUACAACUGGACACUGAUGCUGGGCACCAAGUGGAAGUCCUUCUUCGAGACGGUGCACAUUUACCUGCGCAGCCGCAUCCUGACCGAUGACCCCACCGUCAACGAGACCCUUUUCUACGAACCCCUGGACCUAGAUGACCACACGUCCAACCUGGGCUACAUGAAGAUCAACAAUCUCAAGGUGUUCGGCUACAGCAUGCACUUUGACCCCGAGGGUAUCAAAGACCUGAUUCUGCAGCUGGACUACCCUUACACGCAAGGCACCCAGGACGCAGCCUUUCAUAUGCUGCUGGAGAUGAGAGACCGCAUCAACCGGCUCUCCCCGCCUGGGUUGCAGGCAUUGGACCUCUUUUCAUGUCUGCUCCGCCACAGGCUCAAGCUCUCCACCAGUGAGGUGGAGCGCAUCCGAGACUCCCUCCAGAAUUUCAACUCCAAGCUGCCCAAUUCCUCGGAGGCAGAGCUGGGCCAGUUGUGCAGCUAGCUCAGUCUAAAUUAGAGUCCAGAGAGUGCUGUGCUGCGCUGCUGGUUACUCUUCAGUCAGUUGCCAAUUUAUCCAUCUGGUUUGGAAAACAUGCACAUAUAUUUCUCUGAGAUGUCUAGAGCAUUCCUAUACACUGGUUGACAGAGCUCGGAGUGUGUUGGCUCUGUUGGAUGUGAAGUGAUGUCAUGACAACAGAUUUUGCUUUGCACAGAUAGUUUUUAAUAUAAAGAGCGAGGAACUGAGUUUGGAAAAUAAUUGCUCUGGAUUGUUCAUCUGUUGGCAGUAAGUUGAGGAAACAGAAGAGGAUUUCCCUUUCUAACGCUUUUUUCUUUGGUUACAGAAUGAUUUCAUUGAAAAAGAGUCUGAUGGGCUGAAUGGGUUGAUUAUGCUUAAAGGGAUAGUUCACCCAAAUUACAAAAUGACACAUUGGUUUCCUUACCCUGUAAGCAGUCUAUGGACAAGGUAUGACAGCAAUACAUGUUUUGGUUUAGUUUCCCUGGCACAGUUUCCACAUGCUAAUGUUUUAGCAUUUGUGGCACAAAGUCAUGAACGAUAUUAGAAUUUUCUGUGCAUCAUGUUAAACUCAUAAGUGACUUUGUUGGGCUUUACAUUCAACUUUAGAUACUUUAAGAAAUGUGGACAUGAUUUGGAUGUGAAAAAUGCUAAUAUCGGUCCCAUGACUUGAAUGGGAUUUCUGCCACAAAUUCCAAAACAUUAGCAUGUGGAAACAGUGCCAGGGAAACUAAGCCACUAAUUUGGGUGAACUAUCCCUUCAACGGUUUAUUAUGAUAAUCAUCCCCAAAAAUGUUAUCCUUGCCCUUCCAUUUUAUCUGGCAUUCAAAAUCCUGUAAAAUAUGUAUUUGUGCUUAAAAUUUGGUUGGGAAGCCCAAUAGUAAAUAUUUCUAUUUCUUUAUUCAGCAACAUUACUUUACCAAAAGAAGCUGAACAUAGUGGCAAAAUGAAUGGUUAAAAUGUCUUAAAUGUUGAAAUAUCCUUUUGAGAGGAUUUCAAAAGGUCUGUGGAUACAGCUGUGUACAUAUUGCUCCAUCUAAAUCCAGAUGUGGAAAGUACAUAUUGCUUUUUAGAUAACCAAGUGCAAAGACCAAAAAAAUAUUUGUAACAAAAUAAAAUCAUGCCUUAUGAUGGAGAAUCAAUGUUCAGAUAAAAAGCACAUUCAGCUGAGUGUUUCAUUUUCAGGCUAGACCUUUUGAAUAUACAGUUGAAGUCAGACGUUUACAUAUACUUAGGUUGGAGUAAUUAAAACUCAUUUUUCAACCACUCCACAAAUUUCUUGUUAACAAACUAUAGUUUUGGCAAGUUGGUUAGGACAUCUACUUUGUGCAUGACGCAAGUACAUAAUUCACUGUAUCACAAUUCCAGUGGGUCAGAAGUUUACAUACACUAAGUUGGCUGUGCCUUUAAACAGCUUGGAAAUUCCAGAAAAUGAUGUCAUGGCUUUAGAAGCUUCUGAUAGGCUAAUUUACAUAAUUUGAAUCAAUUGGCGGUGUACCUGUGGAUGUAUUUCAAGGCCUACCUUCAAACUCAGUGCCUCUUUGCUUGACAUCAUCGGAAAAUCAAAAUAGCUCAGCCAAGACGUCAGAAAAAUAAUUGUAGACCUCCACAAGUCUGGUUCAUCCUUGUGAGCAAUAUCCAAAUGCCUGAAAGUACCACGUUCAACUGUACAAACAAUAGCACGCAAGUAUAAACACCAUGGGACCACGCAGUCAUCAUACCUCUCAGGAAGGAGAUGCAUUCUGUCUCCUAGAAAUGAACAUACUUUGGUGUGAACAGUGCGAAACAAUCCCAGAACAACAGCAAUUGACCCUAUGAAGAUGCUGGAGGAAACAGGCACAAAAGUGUCUAUAUCCACAGUAAAACAAGUCCGAUAUCGACAUAACCUGAAAGGCUGCUCAGCAAGGAAGAAGCCACUGCUCCAAAACCGCCAUAAAAAAGCCAGACUAUGGUUUGCAACUCACAUGGUGACAAAGAUCAGACUUUUUGGAGAAAUGUCUUCUGGUCUAAUGAAACAAAACUAGAAAUGUUUGGCCAUAAUGACCAUCGUUAUGUUUGGAGGGAAAAGGGGGAGGCUUGCAAGCUGAAGAACAUCAUCCCAACUGUGAAGCACGGGGGUGGCAGCAUCAUGUUGUGGGGAUGCUUUGCUGCCGGAGGGACUGGUGUACUUCACAAAAUAGAUGGCAUCAUGAGGAUGGAAAUUAUGUGGAUAUAUUGAAACAACAUCUCAAGACAUCAGUCAGGAAGUAAUAUCUUGGUCGCAAAUGGGUCUUCCAAAUGGACAAUGACCCCAAGCAUGCUUCCAAAGUUGUGGAAAAUGGCUCAAUGACAACAAAGUCAAGGUAUUGGAGCAGCCAUCACAAAGCCCUGACCUCAAUCCUAUAGAAAAGUUGUGGCAGAACUGAAAAAGCUUGUGUGAGCAAGGUGGCCUACAAACCUGACUCAGUUACACCUGUUCUGUCAUGAGGACUGGGCCAAAAUUCAAAAUUCAAACUUAUUUUGGGAAGCUUGUGGAAGGCUACCCAAAAUGUUUGACCCAAGUUAAACAAUUUAAAGGCAAUGCUACCAAAUACUAAUUGAGUGUAUGUAAACUUCUGACCCACUGGGAAUGUGAAGAAAUAAAUAAAAGCUGAAAUAAAUCAUUCUCUCUAUUAUUCUGACAUUUCACAUUCUUAAAAUAAAGUGGUGAUCCUAACUGACCUAAGACAUGGAAUUUUUACAGGUAUUGUGAAAACUGAGUGUAAAUGUAGUUGGCUAAGGUGUAUGUAAACUUCUGAAUUCAACUGUAUUUUGCAAACAUAACACCACAUUUUUGGAAUUGGCCAACUGUAGUUGCAUUCUAAUGAGUACACCGUAUUUUGGAUCUUACCUGUAAAUGUCAGUCACAAUUCCUGUUCAAAGGUGUUUUUUUUAGCUCAAACCUUUAUUCAUUUUUUUCACAACAGGCCUACAUGUUGAAACUCAAAUGAAUAUGUGCUGGAGGACAUAUAUUUUUGUUGGUAUAAUAUUACAUCUGGAUAUGUUUAAAUAUUUUACACUGAUUGUGAUGGUUCAACAAUUUGCCGUACUGCUAUGGUAUCUCCAUUUCAUAUGUUAAAGUACUAUUUGGUCUUUCAUUAUCUACAAAACCUACACAUUGAGUGAAAACCUACUGUCAUAAAUCUACUACUGGAAUAGCUGUGUUUCUAGGAUUGAUCAAUUGUACCAUUUGACAAGAGUGAGCAAGGCACCUUUGGUCUUGACAAAGAAGACCUAUUUAAAUGUCCCUCUUCACAGUACGAAUCCUCUGUGUCUCUAAUAUAUAAAGUGCAGCAUUUGCAAGGUAAAAAAACAAACAUUUACAAGGUUGUCACAGAGCACGGGAACCAAACACACAUUGUCACAUCAGAUAAAACUCACUGUGCCUCUGAACAACCUGGGAAAAACCUCAGACUAUUUUAAUAAGAUGGGAGUCACAAACACAGAGUUUAUAAAUAAAAGUGAUUUAUCUUGGUGUCAUCAAGAAAUCAGCACUCGCCCUUCAGCUAAUCGCCAGGACAGUGGAGGAAACCCAAUCAAUCAAGGAGGGUCUAUUAUGCUGUGUAAACCAUUCAAACAUUCCCACAAGAAAGGGAGUUGACUAUUUUUCUCCAAUGAUUUAUGAUGUUUUGAGAGUCCAAUAACUGCAUUAAUGUUGUGGAAUUGCUGAAAUAAAAUGAGGUGUUGUGCUUGGAUUAUUUUAUGCCUGUACAUGUGUAGGUCAUGUAGUAAAGUCAUCAAUUACCAUUUGAAUUAUGAGUUUGGGGAAUUGUUAGAAAUAUGAAUUGUCUGGAGAAUAGAUUAUUGAUAGCAGGGAAAGAGAGAGAGACUAUGAACAUUAUCAACAACAAAUAAAUGUACUAUUGCAAUUUCA